AUGUACGAGGUCCCCAGUGCAGCGUGCGCUGUGAUUGGCCGGGACCCGGCGCGAGCGAAAGAGUUGGCGUGCUGGUACCGGUACUUUCCCCUGAGCGCCGAGGGAGGAAUCCCCGUGCUGCAGGGCGCGUUGAUGCCGGGGUAUGGGCGGAAUAGCACAUGGAGCUCCCGAGCCCUGGCAUUUCCAUCGCCCCGCAAGAGGCUCCAGGCGGUCCAAGUACAGCGUCCUGCGACCUCUGACUUGCGCCAUCCAGCAGCCAAGCAGCAGCCAAACAGCGCCUCUAGUUCCUGGCAGGUCCUGCAGCCGCCGCCCAUUGGCCGCCAUGCCGCAGCCUCGCCCCGCCCAGCCUCUGCGCCGCGGCCUGUGACUGGCGGUGGGCGCUCGCGCUGCUGCCCCUCCACCGCUAGCAGCGCCCUCGCCCAGCUGUCAGUGGCCUGUCACGGCGCCCUGGGCUUCUGGGCCUCUGCCUCUCCGCCUAUUGUCGCUGCUCAGGGGUCUGGUCCCCUAGGCCCACCCGCGGUUUUAGGGCCCUCAGCGCACCCUCCUCCACCGUCGCCUCCUGUCUAG